AAUAGUAUAAAUAUACGUAAAUUUUUGUAGGUUAUUAGAGUAUCAAGGUACGUCCACACACAAUGAAAAAAAUUACACUCUUCUUCUGCGCCAUUAUCUUGGCUUCGGUUGCCGCUUUGCCAAACAAAGUAGCUGACGAUAAUUUCAUCGACGACGUCAAAAAGAUCGUCCACACGAUUGAAGGCCUCAUUGAUGAGCUUUUCACUACAGGUCCAAAUUUCAUCGGAACUUUCGCUGACAAGUACCAUUGGUACCUCACUAAAGUCUUAAACUAUACAAGAACGGCUAUUACAAGAGCUUUAGAAGCACUUGAACCUAUUUUAAAUCAAAUCGCUGCACAAAGCACUGAUUCUGUAAAGAAAUUGAUUUCUUGCAUCGAAGAACAAGAAAAUGGCAUCAUGGCACUUCGCGUCAAUUUCGUAGCAGGCGUCGGUAAAUGCAUAAAGGACGAUCUCGUCGCUUUGGUUAAGACUGUCGCACCUUUGCUUAAAGAUCUAUCUGGUAUCCAUGAAGAGGCCAAAAAAGCCGCCAACGAAAUUGAUCAAUGCCAAGGAACUGAUCAACAAGCUCUUCUCUGUGUUGUUCAGGUUAUCUCAGAUAUACUUAAGGUUGCAACAAAGGUGCCCGAUGCUGUGAAAAACGAUUUUCAACCUGUCGUUGAUGCUGCUAAUGCUUUUGCUGUAUCAGGCAAGCAAUGCGUUGCCAGUCAAGUAGAUCCCUUUUGUACCAGCGCUGGAAAACUCUUAAAUAAAGUGAUCAUUUGUGCAACUUCUUAAAUUGUAAGACGCUGUUUUAUUAAAUAAAUAAAAUAAAGAACUUA